AUGCCGUUAAGAGAGGGUUAUCAGAUCCUUGAGGAGAAUCUGGAUGAGGAAAGCAACGCCCACGAAAAAACCCUGGACGAGACGUUUGAAGAGAUGAAAAAAAUAUCAACCAUGGAUACAUUUUGGAGCGCGUGUAACUCCGUUCAAGGACUUACCAUCUUAGCAAUGCCUCUUGUGACGUCUUUUGGUGGAUACUGGCUUCUUUUUGGCAUUACAGCCAUCGCAGUGCUCUCUAACUAUACCUCAAAAAUCCUCAUACAGUGCCUGUAUGAAGAAUGUCCCGGAAAAGGUCGAACACGUGUACGUAAUACAUUCGCUGACAUCGGGGAUGCUUUCUGGCCAACGUACGGAAGACAUAUGGUCGAUGCGACAAAGUUUCUGGAAUUGAUUUUUGUUGCAACUGUGAAUCCAAUAGCUUGCGGGGAAGCCAUUUAUUACACCGUUCCUUACCUUCCCGUUGGGAAGCAACUUUGGAUCCUCAUUUUCGGCCUGGCUAUGAUUCCCAACGUUUUCCUGAGCUCUGUGAAGUUACUUUCCAAAAUCAGCAUGCUUACUAUAUUUUUUGCCCUGACAAACGUCUCUAUCAUAGUCGCUUAUUGCUUGGGUCACAGUGCUUCCUGGAAAACGGAGGAUUUGCUGGUUUUCGACCCUGUUCGGUUUCCCCUGGCACUUGGAGUAGUUUUGGCCAGCUUCUCGUCUCAAAUUUACCUGACUGUGCUAGAGGGAAACAUGCGACGUCCUGAAAAGUUCAACACCGUCAUCAACUACGCUUACAUCGCUAUGACUGAGCUGAAGAUCGGCGUAGGAGCAUUUGGUUAUUUGACCUUCUCGGGCGGUGUCAGUGACAUGGUGUCCAACAACCUUCCACUCGGACUCUAUCGCGUCAUUGUGAACAUUGUGGUAACCGUCCUGUUAGUGCUGUUGCGUUUCAUGCUGACAUCACUCACCAUCCUGAUGGCAGUUCUUGUUCCGCACUUCACUCUUUUUGCAGCAUUUAUCGGAAGUGGUACAGGUACAGUCAUAGCGCUGGUUUUCCCUUCUGUUUUUUAUGUUAAAAUCUUUUACUGGGAGUUAAGGUGGCACGAGAUUGUUCUGAACGUCUUCAUCGUAUGUUUUGCACUGCUAAUGGCAGCCUCUGGGAUGGUUUCUACAGGACGGCAACUAUACCUAACCUUCACUGCUAAAGAGACGGAUUUCUAA